CUCCGCAUGGAGACCCUACCAACUAAAAUCCCCACUUCACAGUCCCUAUAUAAAGUAAUCUGCCAUGGCUUUCUUCAAUCAAUCCAUAGAAGAAGAUCAAAGUUCGAAAAUGACAGGAGUUCGAAGAAUCAAACUGGGUUCACAGGGUUUAGAGGUAUCCGCUGUCGGUUUAGGUUGUAUGGGCAUGUCCGCUUUCUAUGGAGACCCCAAGCCCGAACCAGACAUGAUCAAGCUCAUCCACCACGCCAUUAACGCCGGCGUUACCUUUCUCGACACCUCCGACAUCUACGGCCCUGAAACCAACGAGAUCCUUAUCGGCAAGGCUUUGAAGGGAGGGGUGAGGGAGAAAGUGGAGCUCGCAACCAAAUUUGGGAUCAAAUUCGAUAGUGCUGCGAUGGAGGUCUGUGGAGAUCCGUCCUAUGUAAAGUAUGCUUGUGACGCUAGCUUUAAGAGACUCGGUGUCGAUUGUAUCGAUCUGUAUUAUCAGCACAGAAUCGACAAGCGUGUGCCUAUCGAAAUCACAAUGGGAGCAAUGAAGGAGCUAGUGGAAGAAGGAAAGAUUAAAUACGUUGGAUUAUCAGAAGCAUCCGCAUCAACCAUCAGAAGAGCUCAUGCUGUGCACCCAAUAACAGCCAUACAACUGGAAUGGUCCUUGUGGUCAAGAGAUGUUGAAGAAGAUAUUAUUCCUACUUGCAGAGAACUGGGGAUUGGGAUUGUUGCAUACAGUCCUCUUGGACGUGGGUUCUUCUCAUCUGGCCCAAAGAUGCUCGAGAACUUGGAUGCUAGCGACUUCCGGAAGUAUAUGCCGAGGUUCCAAGCUGAAAAUCUUGAGCACAACACGAAAAUGUUCGAGAGGGUGAAUGAGAUGGCGACAAAGAAGGGGUGCACCCCAUCGCAGCUAUCAUUGGCUUGGGUUCACCACCAGGGAAAUGAUGUGGUGCCAAUUCCAGGAACUACAAAGAUUGAGAAUCUUGAACAGAACAUUGGAGCUUUAUCUGUGAAGCUAACACCAGAAGAUAUGGCUGAACUUGAAGCCAUUGCUUCAGCUGAUUCGGUGAAGGGGGACAGAUCUGGUGCUGGUAUUCCAACAUAUCAGGAUUCCGACACUCCUCCAUUGUCAUCUUGGAAAGCUUAA